CAAAAUGUAUAACUUGAAAGGAAAAAUAAAGGAUUUACAUUUCUCUUAGCCCUAUUGAACGAUAAUAUUAUUUCUCUACAAGAAAAUUAAGCUUUUAGGUACCUAACAAAAUGCAAGAUUUCACAAGUAUAUUGAACAUUAUAUUUAUUAUAAGUGGUGGAGUGUUAACAUUCGUGAUUCUGUUCAUCUUUGCGAAGAGACAGAUUACAAGGUUCGCUUUAAGGUCUAGGAGAGGCCCUCACGUUCCUAUAGGAACUGAUGCAAAAAAAUGCCUGAAGAAAGAGCUGGAACGUCGCAUCGAGGCAGUGCCGCGCAUAAUGCAUGAGCCUCGGUUGCUGAGCACAGAGCCGUCACACUAUAUCCUGGAACCACAGCAGCCCUACCACUACAGAUUCCGAGCUGUUGAUGAUGUGAAGACUCUAGAGGAAGAGAUAGCUCGUCAAGACCCAGGGUUGCGACGGCACCCUAGGGAGUCUCUUAGAGCCUUCCUCCUGUCCUCCCUAGCCGCCCCGCUGGAUGGGCGUGGUCAGAAACUGGUGCACCAGUUCUGUGAUACCUACGAGUUUGCCAGACAUCAUCCUGGAGAGUUCGGAGAAGAUGAAUACACAGCUUACAGUCGGCUACUCUUGAAGUUAUUAGAUGCAGCCCGUCUGUUGAAGAGUGUCGGUACAUGCGUGGUGGUGUCAGGGCGCGGGUCCCCGGUGCGGCGCGCGCGCCUGCUGGACGCGGCCAGACUGCGGCCCUCCGCCCUGGCAGCGCUGCCGAGGCACAAUAAGUUGCCUGCCGCGUUACAUAAACAUUACACAGCGCUUGAGAACAUGCCAAUAGACUCCAAGUUAGAAGAGGAAGUGAUCCGGGUCCCUGUAAAGAGCCCUACGGAGCCGCUGGUGAAGGUUCCGGCGGACGAGACGGCUGUGUGAGCAAGGCUGCAGCGACACCCCGCUCAAACGCUUUAGAGUGGAGUGAACGUUGCGAAUUCAAAGAUAGUGGAACUGGAAGUGGUUUACAGUGGAAACACUCAUAAAGUGGUGAUGGAAAAUGAAUAUUUUCAACACAAUGAACUUGUAAUAUUCAUGUGGUUUGGUCAGGAGUUAUGCCAAAGGUUAUGGUUACCAGUUCCGAAUGUGCAAGACAAAGUCGGACACCGGUAUUCUAAUGUUUAUGUUUGUGUGUAAAUAUUUCAUUUAUACAUUAUAACUGGGACUUUUAAAUAGUUAAGUGUUAGAUAUUAUUAGAUAGGUAUCAGAAAAUAAAGAUUCACUACAGAGACAGUAGCUAUUGUUUAA